AUGGAAUCCAGAGAACAAGAAGUUUCGGCAUAUCUGUUGGACGAUAAGCGCUCCGAUCGUUCCAGUCGACACUUCAACCACUUGCACCGAGAAGUAGAUCAAAGCGAGUGCGACGAGUUGAAGUGUCCAUUGAGCGAUGUCGUGGGAUCUGGCAUCCGUCGGAGGGCCUCUCUUAUAGCAGUAGGCCAUCGAAACCAGCAGAACAGUGGCGAAGUAUCCAAUGACAUACUUUUGGUAUUCAAGCAUAAUGCUUUGCAGAUUGGUCCAUGCGAAGUGGAGCAUGUAGAGCGAAACGGACCAUCCACCGAUGAGAAUCGGGACUCCGAGCGUUUUCUGGAAGAAAAUUUGAUGAUUUUUUUUCUCUUUGUUUUGAAUAAUGGAAAAUUGUUAGCAGACCAAAGCUAA